AUGCACAGGCACGCAAGUUGCUCAUCAACGCCGAUGGGAUCAUCGAGAGCACCUUCUCACCGGGGAAGUUACUCCAUGGAGAUCAGCUCGGCGGCCUACGCCGAGCAGUGGCGGUUCGAUAAGGAGGCGCUGCCAGAGGACCUCAUCCGGAGGGGCAUGGCGGUCAGAGGAGAGGAUGGCAAGCUGGAGCUGGCAAUAGAGGAUUACCCAUACGCCAAUGAUGGCCUGCUGGUCUGGGAUGCCAUCAAGCAGUGGGCGUCCGACUACGUGGCAUACUACUACCCAUGCGCGGCGGACAUCACCGACGACGUGGAGCUCCAGGCUUGGUGGAAGGAGGUGCGCACCAAAGGCCAUGCGCACAAGCAGGAUGAGCUAUGGUGGCCGCACCUCGACUGCCACGAGAGCUUGGUCCAAACCCUAUCCACCAUCAUGUGGGUGGCGUCGGCGCAUCACGCCGCCGUGAACUUCAGUCAGUACCCAUUUGGUGGGUACGUCCCAAACCGCCCCUCCAUUGCCCGCAUAAACAUGCCAUCAGAUAUGGGCCCCGAUGGCAUGCGCGUGUUCAUGGAGGCGCCGGACAAGGUGCUGCUAGACACAUUCCCUUCCCAGUAUCAGAGUGCCAUGGUGAUGGCGAUACUGGACCUCCUCUCAUCGCACUCAUCGGGUGAGGAGUACUUGGCCAUGUACCAAGAGCCGGCGUGGCAACAGAAUGGCAAGAUCAACAAGGCGUUCGAGGACGAAUUCAGGGAGAGGAUGUUGAGGAUCGGGGUGCAGGUCAACAAGUGGAACAUGGACCCCGAGCGGAAAAACCGGUAUGGUCCUGGCAUGGUGCCGUAUGUGCAGCUAAGGCCAUCGGAUGGUGAUCCUAUGGGUGCCAAAACAGUGAUGGGAAUGGGCGUUCCAACCAGCAUCUCCAUUUGA